AUGCGAAUGGCGUUGGCUAAUUGGCGGGCAAUUAGUCGAGGGCCCUAUAAAAUGUUGCAGCUGGCGGAGGAGGUCUUUGAAAGUCACGAAAUGAAGCUCUGGAUUAUUUUGCUGCUUUGCAUCCUGCAACUCCUGCAGGGAAGUCGGAGCACCAACUACGAGGUUAUCGGCGAUGAGAAAACCAUGGACAUCGUUUGCGAUGCCCAAGAGGACAAGGGCAAUGUACCGCUUCGUCAGAUCUUGGACAUCAGCGGCCUGACCUUCGAGGUUGCCGAAGAUCUGGAGACUUUGUACUACAACGGCGACAUCAAGGUGCUCAUGGAUGUGCCGAGCGGUCCGAUUGGCAUGCAGGUCGACGUCUUUCGCUGGGAACGAAACGAAUGGAUCCCGACACCGCUCUGCCUGAAACGCGACAGCUUGUGCAAUUCCUUGACCAAUCCUCGGGAGAUCUGGUAUCCGCUGUUCAGAAAAAUCCCCAAGAACGAGAUGAUAUGUCCGCCCAAAAAAGGUCACAUCUACACCCUGAACAACGUGAGCAACCAUGAGUUUGUGCGGAACAUGCCCCAUGCGGACAUUGCUGGGGACCUGAAGGCCGUGGUCCACCUGAGCUCCGGGGACCUGAAGACCUGUGCUGUGGUCUUCUUCAAGGUCUACGUAAAUUGAGGGGGGAUGGUGACAUCCAGUGGACCCUGACAGUGGACGAGGGGAUCGCGUUGGGAUCCGGCUGUUUGCCUAGUUUAUAGUACGCGGCUGCUCUGCUUUUAUGGCCUGAUUCGGCGGUGUUUGCUCGGCUUCAAUGGCGCGUCCCACCGUUUAUGGCUCUAACUAAAUGAUUUGCAAAUAAAGGGAAAUAUUUCAUAUUCAUGCACUCGAAACAGAA